AUGAUCGUAUUCAUGGAAAAAGAAACAAGCGUAAACGUUACAGGAAUAAUUAAACGUGGACAACGACGCAUUGGUUCCAAGACCGCCCAAGCUAUGUGUACAUGUUCACAUUUUCGCUUUGGCCAGCAUCUGAUUCAUAAGGCACGCGAGCAUCCAUGGUGUCGGAUAGUUGUUUGCACAGAGGAAUACUUGUUGAUUCUGUAG